AUGCCUUCCCUCGUAGGCAAAGAAAUCGGCCAUACCGGCUACGGGAUGAUGAGAUUAACCUGGAAUCCAACCCCUCCAACAAAAGAACAAUCCUUCGCAGCCCUCGACACAGCCCUGUCCCAAGGCGCCACCUUCUGGAACGCAGGCGAACUCUACGGCUCGCCUACCAGACACUCCCUCCACUUGCUACGGGAGUACUUCGAAAGCCAGAGCCGUUCGGGUUCGGACGAGAAUGUGGCCGAGAAGAUCGUCCUAUCCGUCAAGGGCGGAAUCAAACCCGGUACAUUAACGCCGGAUGGCUCUGAGACGAACCUUCGGCGGAGUGUAGAGGAUUGUCUUGCUGUCCUUGCGGGGACGAAGCAGAUUGAUAUUUUUGAGCCGGCACGGCUUGAUCCUAAUUUCACUGUUGAGGAGCAGAUGGGUGUUUUGAGGGCGUUGGUGAGAGAGGGGAAGAUUGGGGGAAUUGGGUUGAGUGAAGUUGAUGCGGAGACUAUUCGGAGGGCACACAAAAUCCACCCCAUUGCAGCCGUAGAAGUCGAAUUCUCCCUCUUCGCAACGGACAUCCUCCACAACGGUAUCGCCGCAACCUGCACCGAACUCGGCAUCCCCAUCGUGGCAUACUCGCCCCUUGGUCGAGGCGUGCUCGCCGGCGCAUUCACCCGUGUCUCUGACAUCCCCGAUGGAGACUUCCGGAAGAUCCUACCCAAGUAUCAAGACGGAGCGAUCGAGCAGAACCUCAAACGGGUCAACGAGCUGAACAAGUUCGCUGCGCGCAAGGGCGUUGCUCCCGUUCAGCUCGCGCUGGGUUGGCUGAGGAGUUUGAGUGGUAGGCCGGGCUUGCCUACUAUCAUCCCCAUCCCGGGUGGGACGACGCCCGAGAAGAUCGUGCAGAAUACGGAGGGGGUUCCUAUUUUGUCUGAUGAGGAGAUGGAGGAGAUCGAUGAGAUUUUGAAGAGGAAUGAGAUUGUGGGGAGUAGGUAUUGA